UUUAUAAGUAGUAAUUCGAACAUGAACAAUUGUCUACGAAAGAUACUCCAUAUCCGUUGAUUGGAUAUUAUCAAUAAUAGUCUACUGUGGAAAAGAAAAAAACCAGCUUUUAAAUGAAGAGAGAAUUAGGAAAAGACUUUGAAGGUGGAAAGGACAUACAUUGAGAAAAUCAUCAAACUACAUCACGAGACAAGUAUUAAUUGGGAAUUAUAAAUGGAAAUGCAGAAGAGGAUGACCAAGGAACACACUGCACCAAGAAUCGGAAGCAGAUAUGAAAAGGAUGAAUAGUAAAUGGAAAGAACUGGAAAGGAUUGUCCAAGACAGAGUUCGAUGGAGAAUGGUAAUGUUCAACCUAUGCUCCUCCAUGAGUGGUAACAGGCGUAAAUUUUAAUUGAUCCAAUUAUUAAUGAAAAGGAUAUAUUAGAGACAAUAAGUGAACCAACUGAAGAUUGUAAAUCAUUAACUGUACCACUUUCGAAAUUUUAUAUUAACAAUGACAAUGAUAAUAAUAAUAAUAAUGUUGACAAUAAUGGUAAUUGUAAUAACAACACAAAUUACAAUCAAAAUGAUGGACAUAUGAAUUAUAAUAAUCAUUUAAAUAAUAUUAUUGAUCAUUCUAAUAAUUUAGGACAAACUAUAGUUGGAAAAAUAUAUAUAAGAUCUGUGAAUUCAUCAAAUUCAUCAGAUAAAUAUAAUCAACUUGUUUGGGUACAAAUUUAUCAGAAAUCAUCAUCAAUUUCAUCAAAACUGAAUACACAUAAUAUAGAUAUUCCAACUUUUGUAUUAUUAUUAAAAACACGAAUAAAUCCACAGAAUUCUGAAUAUACACCAGAUUAUUAUUCACCACCUUAUAUGACAUUUAAUUUAAAACAUACACGUUCAAGUCCAAUAGAUGAGAAACAUUUUCAUAUUUAUACAAGAUGUGGAGAAGGUAUAACACUUGAAGGUGAAAUAGCUGAUGAACAUUCUGUAUCUUACUGGUUAUCGAUUUUUAAUCAAAAUACAUUAAUUCCUAAUCAUAUGGAAUUUAUUCGUACAAAUGAAAUAAAAAUACGUUCCGCUCCUAAUUCACCUAGACAUAUAAGACGACGAAAUAAUAUUACUACUGAUAUUAAUAAUAAACAAUGUUUCAUUGAUAAUCCAACAAAUUGUAGUACACAUUCAAUUUCUCGUAUGUGUAUAUUUGAAACACUUAAUGAAACACAAGAAUUAGAAAGUGGAGUAUGA